CACAUUUUUUCCUUUCCUAAAAUAGAAAAAACAGGGAGCGCGCUGACUGCAUUGGAGACAUCUGCUUGCUAGCUUGGAGCCUCACGCUGGCACGCACUUUUGCACCAUUUCCACAGAACCAAUGCCGACAGACGUUCCUCACAACAAAUAAAUGCCGAAAGAUAAUCGCCAGCUAAAACGUUUGUAUUGACUCUUUGAAAGCAACGAUGGCGGAUCCUUCCCCUUCGGGUCAACUCAAGCACUCCCUGAUGGCAGGGACAACCAAGGUUGAGCUCAUGGAAGGUGAAAACUGGUUUAAUAUGAUGUAUGGGGUAUUUCACGAAGAACGAGGGUCAACAAAUCCUACCAGAGGCGACACUGACAUUUGUUUCGAUGUCCAUGCGUCCUACUGUGUCGUCAAGAAUCACUCGAUGUGCAAUGACCUUUAUCUCAAGAAAGCAGGGCCAGAAAAUGAGGAUCGCGAGUUUCGUCAGGUUCCUCGUCUGCAAAUCCGGAGCUUGUGUCCCAACGACUGCAUCCGUGUGACGUUUCCAGAAGGCGAAGAUCUGUGCAUUGUGCAAGAACAAACCUUGAUCUACCGUCAAGAAGAACGUGGCAGUUCAGGUUAGUUUUAUCAUUUGGUACCGUGACACAAAAGGAAGCUUCCUCUAUUUUCAAAAUGGGGGCGCCUGCCGCUGGUUGUGGAUGGAGAGUUCGUUUGACAUUAUGUCAUUAGAAUUAUGAUACAUAGAUUGGGCAAUAUGUAUUUUAAGUCUAUAGCUUGAGAACAAUGACUUAAACAAAACGACAGAGCAAGAAAUAGCGCCACAACCAGAACCUAGAUUGUUCAAUAAGGACCAACUCGUCCGAGCAACCAUGAUGCCU